AUGUGUCGCCCGAUUGAGUCCCGUGAUUCAUUAGGUGCCAUGGGAUCUGCCACCUCCGUGCUGUUUGCAAGCCAUCCGUCUGCAUACAAUAACAAUCAUACAGUCCUGGCAAACCAAAAGGUUAAGAAUGCUACGGGGCGUGCACCGAUUUGGUCCACUGCCAAUGACAAGAGCUUUGGCGUGGACGGUAUCAAUAUGCUGAACAUGACGGCACCACCCUUAGUGCUGCCUUUUGUAACCUCUUCAAAGAACAAUACUGCAUCAACGAUACCGUGGGAUACCGCUGCUCCCAUGGACGACCUGCUGAGCUUGGGCUUGCCUAGCAACCAAUUUCCGGCCAGUCCGAUCCCCUUGGAAAGCAAGCCCAAAAAGAUUCAAAUGAACUUUGAAGCCCAGGAGUUGGAAGAGCUAUUGGAAUGUUCGAUGCCUGGCGACUCAGUGAAGAGCAGUAAGGAAAACACAGGUCACGUGAACGUAAACGACGGCUUCGAUGGAACAGAAAUGUCCAUUCUAUACAGCUUUUUGGUGGAUACUCCCAAGGUCACGUUUAAGAAGGUUGAUGAAGUAGAUGACGGUGUUUUGAACCUCAAUAUGAUGACGGCAUCUCCUGUUGAGAGGCUUGUGGAAUCACUUGAGGCUGAUUUUACGGAUCCAGAGGUCAUGAUGAUUCCGCGGUGUCAAAAGUCCAAGGUAGCUUCGAAAGUAUUGAAGUGCCCUGGUGAAGUCAAAAACCGUCGUCUUUGCAAGAGCGAGGGCUGCUACAAGCGGUCACGCUCAAAUGGCCUGUGCAUUUCGCAUGGUGGUGGCCGUCGAUGCGCCAUGGAGGGCUGUGAUAAAAGCUCGCAGGGCGGCAACCUUUGCAUCCGUCAUGGUGGUGGUAAGCGUUGUAGCUACAAUGGCUGUGAUAAGGCGGCACAGUCGAAUUUCCUAUGCAAGGCACACGGUGGCGGCCCGCGUUGCCAGUUUAAUGACUGCUCGCGCAGCUCGCAGGGCGGUGGCUUCUGUCGCUCGCAUGGUGGAGGCAAGCGCUGCAUGUACGACGGCUGCGAAAAGGGCACGCAGCGCGGCGACUUUUGUGCGCUCCAUGGUGGAUCCCGUCUGUGUGAGGCGCCGGGCUGCAUGCGAAACGACCGCGGCGGAGGUCUGUGCGCUACCCAUGGUGGAGGCAAACGCUGCACUGUGGACGCGUGCAAUAGGCCAUGCCGACGCAAGGGUCUGUGCUCUGCUCACCUGCGCCAGGCGGAGGAUGCAACGGAGUCAAGGUCAUCUUGUUAUCCUGUCCUAUUCAAUGUGUCAAAGACGGAAAGAGACAAGGAGGAAGCAGCUUACUGCUCGUCAGUUCUUCUGUAUUUACGGCAAGGACAUAGGACAAGAUGCUAUUUUGACCUUUUUCCAUUACAACUUAUGACAAGUCCUAACGAAGCGAUACCUCGUGCCAAGCGGCUACAGCUUCUGCGCGAGGCCAAGGCUCGCAAAGAGCGUGGUGAGGUCGAACAUAGUGAUGAAGCCGAUGCAUCUGCUGCAAUGCAAAAUCCUGUGGUGGAUAAGCCGAUGGAUGUGGAAGUGAAGAAGCCGCAUGAUCAUCAGCAGGACACGGACGUGAUCGAUGACGAAAAGGCAAAUGAUCUUGUAGAAAAAGUGGACCAGAUGCAGGAAGAGAAUGUCAAGACGGAAGACGAGAGUGAGGAGGAGCUACUGAAUCUUGCGCCCAAACGCGCCAAUUGGGAUAUGGAACGCGACAUUGCACCCAUGCUACGCAAACUAGAGCGGCGCACCCAGCACGCUAUUGUCGAGAUUUUGCGAGAAAAGCUUGCAGCAGAGCAGCAGGAACAAGAUAGCGACGAUGACGAGGAAGAUGACGAGGAGGAGGAGAUAGAUGCAUAG